GUAUAAUGGUGGGUUGGGCUGGUCCACUGUUCUAAACAAUAAAAGACAAAAAUUGUUUUUGUAUAAUAAAAAGAUUUAGUUAUCACAAACCAACGUCCUGGUAAAAUGUGUCGGCCGUGUUCUGUGUGGAAUAAGAAUAUUACAACCAAUACAAAAUAAACCGGGAAGAUUUUGGUAAACGAAAUAAAACUAGAACAAUGGCGUCUUCUUCCGGCAAUUUCACAAUGCCCUUCAAGGACUCGGAGAGAAUUCAGCACCAUUACGACUACUUUCUCGAGAGGGUGUUCAAUCCCGGUGACCUGAUAACCACCUUAUUCUCUAAAGGUGUUCUUGAUCUCGACAGAAAAACCCGUAUACUUAAUACAGAGACCGGUAGACCUAGAGUAGAAAAACUACUGGACAUCUUAAUGACAGAAUGUGGUGACUGUUAUCAGAUAUUCCUAAAGGCUUUAAGAGAAAGGGGUUUUGGGCCGAUAGCAGAUAAAUUAGGUGAACAAUCUCCUGCACAUAUCAGAGUGGCACUCAUUGGCAAGACUGGAGUUGGUAAAAGCCACUUGGGAAAUUUACUUCUACAUAGAGAUUGUUUUAAGUGCAGUAAUUCGCUUCAUUCGUGUACAUCAGUCUGUUCAAAUGGAGAACGCGCUUUAGAUGAAGAUACGAAUUUGAUCAUCGUGGAUACUCCAGGUCUUUUUGAUACAAGAGAUAACAAUACAGAAACGGUUAAAAAAUUUCUUUCCAUCUUCAAAUUUACUGGUAUUCACAUAUUUUUAAUGGUUGUCAAAAUUGAUGUGAGGUUUACAGAAGAGGACGAAAAUGCCCUGCGGUCUCUAUGCGACGUGUUUGGCGAAGACAUAAAUGACCAUCUUAUUGUCAUAAUGAAUAACCAGAGCCAGGGGAUCAAAUCCAAAGAAAACUUGCUUCCUGAAUUACCGACGUCGUUAAAAGAUAUUUUAGAUCGUUGUAAAUACAGAUGUUUAGUUGUAAAUUAUGUUACUGAUGUCACGGUCGAUGGUAACGAAGAGAUCGAAGCCAUUAUAAACACUAUACAAUCAACCGUUACUGGAAACAAAGGACGCUCUUAUACACAUCAAAUGUACAAGGAAGCUGAAAAGGCAUACACUGAAACAUUUGAAAAACAAACAUACCAAUUCUUUGAUGGAGUCCGAAGAUGA